AUGACGGGUGUUAUUGGAUCAUUGGCGGAGUUCCAAAUGGAUGGAGACUGGUCAAUUUAUCAAGAAAGAAUGGAACAAUUUUUCUUAGUUAAUACAAUACCGGAGGAACGCAAGGUACCGUUGUUAAUUACAUGUAUUGGGGAAAAAGCAUACAAGACACUUAAAGAUUUGUGUGACCCUUUAAUACCAUCCGAAAGACCGUAUAAGGAACUAUGUACUAUAUUAAAUAGGCAGUUCUCUCCUAAAGUGUUAGUCUUUAGACAGCGGGAAGAAUUUUAUAAUUUAAGACAAAAUUCUAAUGAAAACGUAAAAGAUUGGUAUGCAAGAAUAAAAAAUUCGGCAACAACAUGUAAAUUUGGAAAAGGAUUAAUUGAUGUUCUUAGAGACAAGUUUAUAACUGGUAUGAGAAAUGGACAAAUUAAAGACCGGUUAUGCGAAGAAGAAAUAUCUAAAGAGCUAAACAAAAUAGUAGAAUUAGCAAUGCAGAAAGAAGUAACCAUGCAAUCAAAUGUUCCAGUGGAAGUACACAAAGUAAAAAAAUGGAACAUAUCAAAGGAUGUCAAGAAAAAAGUUGUAGCAUCAGAAUAUGGGCAAAUAACAAAUAAGAAAAAACCAACAGACUUUUCAGACAACAGUAAAGCAGCAGGUCAAGGAAAAUGUUUUACAUGCGGAUUAAGUAACCAUACGUUUAGUAAUUGUAAGUAUAAAACUUAUAAAUGUAAAAUUUGUAAUAAAAUAGGACAUUUAGCUAAAAUGUGUAAAAACAAAUCAAAAAACCAUUAUGUAGAAGUAGAAACUGAGUCAGAAUCAGUAGAAAUGUUUCAAUUAAAAGUAGGUUAUCAAAAAAGUGUAGAGCCAUAUUUUGUGAAAAUUAAAAUUGAAGAAAUAUACAUUGAUAUGGAAUUAGACUCUGGGGCAGGAAGAUCUAUAAUUCCUUUUAAAUUAUAUAAAAAAUAUUGGUCUAAAUUAAAAGUCAUUCCUAGUUUAAUUAAAUUAAAAACAUACAAUGGAGAAAUAAUAAAUCCAGUCGGAGAAGUUAUGGUUGAUAUGGAAUAUACAAGAUCUUAUUUUUGGUGGCCUGGACUUGACAAAGAAAUAGAAAGUUAUGUUAAAAGUUGUGAAGUCUGUGUAUCGUGUCAGGCUAGUCCAGUAGUAGAUAGGCAAGCUAAGUGGGCAGAAUCCGUUGGUCCUUUAGACAGAGUACAUUUAGAUUUUUUUGUAUUUAAAUAA